UGGUCAGUCGCCUUAUGCGCAUGCGCAGCUGUCGCCCCGCGAAGAUGCACGAAAAGGGCGACGACAGCACGGAUAUUUUUGUCUGCGGCAUACAAGAUGUUCUACUUCGCGCUACUUACAUUCACCACUUUUGCAACGACGUGUAAGUAUACAUUUCUGACAUACCCAACAUCAGUUGGAAUGAAUCACAAUUUUCUUCCAGUGGCUACUGUUGAUCUGGUGGUAGUUGGAGGCAACAAUGCUCUCUGUGUGGGUAUGAGUGUCACACUCCAGUGUACAGUGAUGGGAGGUGUCCUCACCUGGGAGACUCCUGAAGGAGCACUCAACUUCAUCCGAGGAAGACAAAAUACAUCUUAUCAAGGCUCCUACUAUGGCCAGCUCAUGGAAUCAAAUGAUACUCAUCUUAUUUCAACAUUGAAUUUCACCUUUACAACUGAGAUUACCAUCAACUGCUCUGAUACAAGUUCAAUUGCUGGAACUACUGUCAUUGUUGAAGGUCCACCAAGUGCCCCGGAUCGACCACUGACGGCCCUGGAAAGGAUCAGGAGACUCAACAAGACAUUCUCCUCAGUGUCUGUGGUGUGGAACAUUCCUGACACCAACAAUGCCCACAUCAGUAGCUACGUGGUGACAGUUGAUCCUCCCAUUCCCCUGCCAGCCAGUGGAGUCAUUGCUGCAGGCAAUCCUCUCUUCCAGUCACGACAACUGACCCUCACACUCCUCCAUGGCCAGCAGUACUACAUCACAGUCACUGCCAGGAGCUGUGGUGAUUCUGUGGAAGGUCCUGCUAGCUCUGCACUCAGAGUUAAUGUACCAGGACCUCCAAAAGUGGUAAGAUGCACAGCCGUCCCUGUCUAUGACUAUUACUCUAAUAACCUGAAAAGAAUCGAAAUAGAAUGGAACCCAAUCGAGGUAGGUCUAUCACGUCAUGAUCUCCACCAACUAAAUGUGAUGUUUUGGUAGGAGGCUGAAGAAAAUGUUACAGUUAACAUUUCAGCAGCUGUUGUGAGCUAUACAAUCAGCACUGUUCCCUUUGGGGCUGUGUCUUCUGGUAUCGAUGCAACAAUAGAGGCCAGUGAUCACAGUAGCUGCAGUACUUCAUGCAAGUAUUGUGUUAAGAACCUUACUGUGAUGUCAGCACCUACCUACACGAUUUUCAUUACUGCAAACGACCUUCUGUCUGAUGAAUACACUGAAAAAACAGAAUGUACAGAUGGACCGAUCAGUAUCAUAAACAAUCUCACGCUAAUUGACACAAAAAGUAUCUUCACCGCUGCUAUGAAUACUUUGUCCCAGCCUCUCUUAAAGUUCAGAGUUUUCUAUACAGAAAGUGUUGGGGAAACAGAGGAAACUGUUGCGGUGUUUCUGACGACCACUACUGCACCCGAGGCAGCUCUGACAGUUGUUGCUCAAGGUGGAAAACAUGAUGUUGUGGUAGAAGGAAGUUUUGAACCAGGUUUGCAGUUUGGUGAUUAUUGUUUCCUUGUUUUAGGUGACAGUAUACAAACACAGAGACACAUAUGAAAACGAACCAAAACUUGCUAUGUCAUUUGCAAAGACGUAUUAACCUAUAUCAAACCAUGCUGUAGCUCUAUAUCAAAUCUUGUCUCUAGCUCAAAGCCACCCGUGAAAUCCGCUUAAAAAUGCUUGUCCAACCAUUCCUUAGACACAACACUCGAGUUCAACUGGGCAACAUGAUGCGAUGGGCAUCACUCUUUCUUAAAUAGCUACGCGCAAGUGUAUAAAAAGUUAAAAAGUAGCUGGUGUUUCACUUCACAAAAUGCAGAGAGUAUGAGGAUAGAAGACUUUGAGAAAGCCUUGUGGCUAUAGAUGCACUGGGACAUAACUCUUUCAAAAACUUAUCCCCUAUCCUUUUUUGUUUUUCAAACAUGCACCUUUCCAGUAAUGUCUCAUUGAUUAUAUUUAAUGCAGCCUCACUUUCUACAAGCAUCUACCACACGCCUACCGCGUGUCCAUCUACUCCUCCUAUAGCAGUAGCUUCUACCCCGCCCGCCCCUAUAGCAGUAAUUGCAGUUGCUAUCUCAGUUGGCACUGUACUGUGCAUCAUCAGCUGCCUCAUUGGAGUAUUGAUCCAUCGUGUCCUAGUCUCUCGCUCCUGCUGCAGAAAGAAACAGACAGCCACAGACCAGCCACAGCACCUCUACGCUGAGGUCCUCUGCGUGAUACUGGCACGGAGAAUCCUGGUUCCGAUCCCAGUGGCAAUAGGAUGUGAG